GGGGCACCCCCCGGAACCCCUUUCCCAGGCGCGCGCUCUCCGCUGGAUGAGGCGCAGAGAGACACUUUCCCCGGGAUAAGUGUGGGGGAGGCUGACUGGGGGCUCCAACGCCCGAGGCUCCAACGCCCGAGGCUCCGAAAAGAGAGAGUUGGCGGAGGGAGCGGACUCCGUGCGGGGCCAUGGCCUAGGCCCUUCGGCCCCGGCCCCGGCCGCAAUGACCUCUUUGCCCUGCCCGCUCCUUGGCCCGGACGCCUCCAAAACCGUCUUCCCGGACAUCGCCCCCGUCCCAUCGGUAGUGGCUGCCUACCAGCUUGGCCUGUCCCCCGCAACCGCAGCCGCCUCCGAUUUGCCCUAUUCUGGACCGUAUGGCCACGUCCUGCCCUAUCCCUACACUGGGCCGGCGACCCCCGGAGACUCCUACCUGCCCUGCCAGCUACCCACGGCGCCGUCUCAGCAGUCUCAUCAAGAGUGGGAGCCAGACUCGGAGAAGCCGCCGCUGUCCCCGGAGCCCUCGGAGCGGCGCCCGCAGGCCUCGACCAAGAAGCUCCGGAAGCCGAGGACCAUCUAUUCGAGUCUGCAGCUGCAGCACCUGAACCAGCGUUUCCAGCACACGCAGUACCUGGCUCUGCCCGAGAGGGCCCAGCUGGCCGCGCAGCUUGGCCUCACCCAGACACAGGUUGCACACUCUUCUUUCCACAGACCUGAGAUAAGAUCUACCGCUCCAUCUCGGAAAACCUCCAAAGGCGAGAUUAAUUGGACAGCCCGACAAGAGUCGCAUCGUUAAAACAACAGCCCAGAUUGUAAACUUAAGUAGCAGAAGGAGUGUAAUUACUCUUCCAGCCAGCGGCCAGCUGAGCUGACGGUGCCCCCUCUUCCCUACACCCAUCUAUCCUCCCUUUUCAGUGGAAACAGGAACCCUUGCCCACUUGGGAGCUGGUCCAGUUUCCCUGGGCUCCUGACUGCUGAUGGAAAUGAACCCCAGUGGAAGAGGUACCCCGUUCCCUUCCCACAAACCACUGGAGCUGCAGAAAGGGAGGCUGUGGUUUCUUCCUGUGAGGACACCCCUCUGGGAAAAUUGGGUCAGUAAGGCAGGGGGGACACUACUGAAUGGUUUAGAACUGGGGUUUUGGCCUCCAAAGAGUCCUGCUCUGCUGUGUGACUUUUGGAAAGUUGCUUAACCUCUCUCUCCGCCUCCUUUCUCUCCCCCCUAAGAUGGGAACACUAAUAGGACCUGCUUCCCAGUGCGGUUGUGAUGAUGAAAUGAGAUGGUGCUUGUAACAUGCUUGACAUGGUACCUGGAGCUUAGUAAGCACUUAAUAAGUGGUGUUCAUAGCUGCUGUAUGAUUAUCGAAGAGGAGAGGUCACAGCGAUGCUGAAUUCAUACUGCCACGGCCUCCAUUCACCUCCUGCCUCCAGCCCACCUGCCUCCUCAGGGCAAGGAGGAGAAAAGGGGCUGGAGACUAGAGAACGCCACACAUCCCGGGUCAUCACCUUUGAGAGCAGGACACAGGCGAGGACCUAAAUGCAAAAGUGCCGGGAUCUAGAAGCAGCUGAGCCUGGAGCCCACUCUCUCACCUGCGCGGGUCUCAGCCACAGGAAAGCUGACUGGGAGCUGUCCUGCCCUCUCCCCACGUGCUAUUUUAAGACAUGUCCCCCAUCUCUCCCCCAACAAAAUGAGAUUCAAUUAAUUCAAUUAAAGCAAUUUUGGGAGCAGCUCCUGAAGGCUCUCGAUGCGAGAUAAUUACAAGUAAUUUGCCGCUGUGAAGAGGAGAAGGGCACACUGGGUCUGGGGGGAAGGAGUCCGCCCCCUCCCCACCAAGCACACACAGAUCUAGAGGGAUUCCACACUGCCAUCUGAACUGCCCUCCCAUUGGCCAAAUUACUUGCAGGUGGGAAGAGGGAGCUUGCGGUGGUGGGAGGGGGCUGGGAAAACCGAGUGACAGACCGCCCCUCCCCCACCACACAUCUGCCCUGCAAGGUGGGGUGCGGAGCUGGCUGUUCCCCGGACAAAAUGUCUGCAUAGCCC